GUGAGUAUGAGUUCCCGUGAGGCUAGGUCACGUGCUGAGCCCAACCUGCUUGGAGCUCGGCUUCCGGAAAUCUGCGUGUGUGGGAGGGUGCGGUCCCCGCGCGCGCCGGCUGAGCCUCACUGCGGGAAUGAACGGGACAACCCCCGACCAGGAGCGGACACCGGCGUCGGAGCCCGUGUGGGAGCGGCCCUGGUCGGUGGAGGAGAUCCGCAGAAGCAGCCAGAGCUGGUCGCUGGCGGCGGACGCGGGCCUACUACAGUUUCUGCAGGAAUUCUCACAGCAGACUAUCUCUAGGACCCAUGAAAUCAAGAAACAAGUGGAUGGACUAAUUCGGGAAACUAAAGCCACAGAUUGUCGCCUACAUAAUGUCUUCAAUGACUUCCUUAUGCUGUCUAAUACCCAGUUCAUUGAAAACCGUGUAUAUGAUGAAGAAGUGGAGGAGCCGGUACUCAAGCCUGAGGUGGAGAAAGCAGAACAGGAGAAGACCCGGGAACAGAAAGAAGUGGAUUUGAUUCCUAAAGUUCAGGAGGCUGUGAACUAUGGUUUACAAGUAUUGGACAGUACAUUUGAGCAACUGGAUAUAAAAGCAGGAAACUCAGACUCUGAAGAAGAUGAUGCUAAUGAACGGGUGGAACUGAUCCUUGAACCAAAGGAUCUAUACAUUGAUCGUCCUUUACCUUAUUUAAUUGGGUCAAAGCUAUUCAUGGAGCAGGAAGACGUGGGUCUUGGAGAGUUGUCUAGUGAAGAAGGUUCAGUAGGCAGCGAUCGUGGCAGUAUUGUGGACAGUGACAAAGAGAAUGAAGAAGAGGAGUCAGAUGAAGAUUUUGCCAACCGUAGUGACAAUGAUCGAAACCGGCACACUGCACAGAUGAGUGAUGAAGAGGAGGAGGACGAUAGUUGUGACAUUUUUGCUGACUCUGAGAAGGAGGAGGAAGAUACUGAGGACAUUGAAGAAAAUACUAGACCUACAAAAAGUAGACCUACAUCGUUUGCUGAUGAGCUGGCUGCUAGGAUCAACGGGGGUGCCUGGAGCCAGAAAGAAGAGGAGCAGAUAAAUGAAGACGAUAACUUCUUUGUGCCCCAGCUGACUGAUGAAGACUUCUCACCAUUUGGCUCCAGAGGCGGCCUGUUCAGUGGAGGGAAGGGACUUUUUGAUGGGGAGGAGGAGAUCUUUUCUUUAGAAAUCCUCAAGUGCAGCUACCAUGUCCUGUGCUGUUUUGAAAUCUGUGUCGUGUACCUUCUUAUGAGCAGAGCGACCUCUUCACGGAAGCGCCUCAGGAUCAGGAAGCUCGAGCCUCCAUUAGUGCAGGCCAUGAGUCGUCAGAUUUUAUUUGGGCUAUUGGGUUGUUUUAAUGGUUUUAUGGAUGAACCAAAACAAAGUUCUUGGUGGGUGAUACUGGUUUUUUUUUCUGUAAAGUCAGGAGGCCCACCCACACUGGCUCACAUUUGUGACUGUCCUUUCUCUCCACCCACAGGGGACACCGAUGUGUUUGGUGCCACCUCUGCUCCGUCACUGAAGGAACCCCAGAAGCACGAGCAGCCUACCGCAGGGCAAAGCCCGUACCUCGCAGCUCCCACUGGCCUCUUCGAUGACACUGAUGAUGACGACACCUUUUUUGCGGCAUCAUCUAGCAAGUCUUCCAUGACAGACAAAGUCACAUCCAUUGCCAAUAUCUUUGAUGAUGAGGAAGGAUAUCUGUUCAAAGAAAAAGCAGCGGCUUUGCCAGAAGCCACUGUGAAUCGUGAACACCAAGCAAGAGCAAAAAAAAGGAUUGCCAUAUCUUCCAGCAAAAAUCUCACGCUCUCAUCAGAAACAAAGAUUCAGAAAGGCUUAUUUUCAGAUGAGGAGGACUCUGAUGAUAAUCUUUUUGGGACUACAGCUGGUAAGAAACAGACAUCAUCUCUACUAACUCAGAGUCAAGAGAAAUCAAAAUCCUCUGAGCCCUCUAGAAAAAAAGCAUCUGCCUUAUUUUUCAGCAGUGAUGAUGAGGAGGACCAGUGGAAUAUUACUGAUUCACCUUAUAAUAGGUCUAAAGGAGAACUUCGGGACUCUGGGACCACCCAGGUCCAGGAGGCCAAGGCUGUGAAAAAGACCAGCCUGUUUGAGGACCAUGAUGAAGAUGACCUGUUUGUUAUUGCUAAGAACAGCCAAAAGAGGACUCAGAGAGUAUCACUGCUCUUCAAAGAGGAUCCCGAUAGUGGAAGUUCUCUGUUUGGCUCUCCUCCUGCAUCUGUUCCUCCUGCAACAAAGGUAUUCUUAACCUCUUAGGCCCAGGAAACAUCCUUGAGGUGGUCCAAGCAUUCUGAUUUACUUUCUUCAUCUUCCCCAUUGGACAAAGCAACCAAAAAUAGAACCAAAACUGUUCUUAGCUUAUAUGAUGAGGAAGAGGAUAAAACAGAGGAUCAGAGCAGCAUCCAAGUGCCAAAGACAGUAGGAAAGGGCUCCGAUCCUGAUGCCUGGCCCAAAAGCACAGGUGUCUUUCAGGAUGAAGAACUCCUUUUCAGUCACAAGCUCCAGGACAGUGACCCCAAUGCUGACCUUUUCUCCAGCACCAAAAAAACCAGGUUCUUAGAGCCAAGUGUUGGAAGCCUUUUUGGGGAUGAUGAAGAUGACGAUCUGUUCAGCUCUGCCAAGUUGAAGCCUUUGAUACCUGAAAAGAAGAAGGUAGUGAAAAAAGACCACUCUAUUUCCUCUUUUAAGAAUGAGAAACAUCUUGAGUCCACUCAAGGUAUCAAAGAAAAAAGCGAAUGGAAACUGGAAACACCUCAGGACUCACCAGAUCCCGUUCCAUUUAAAACCAAAGAGCCAUCCCCUCAGAUCUGGAAAAUACAAGCAGAUUUAACGAUUCAUCCAGCAGCAUUGCUGCCUGCAGUGACUCCCCAGAUCUCUGGAACAAGGCCUGUUUUGCCAGAAUUGGCUUUCCCUUCAUCUGAACCUGGGAGGACCCACAGUUUGGGAAGUAUGCCCACUCUUUCUGGAAGUGGGGAGGCCGGUGUGAGUUUUGAUCUUCCAGCUCAGGCAGACACUCUACACAGUGCAAACAAGAGCCGAGUCAAAGUCAGAGGGAAGCGCAGACCACAGACCCGCACGGCUCGGCGGUUGGCUGCCCAGGAGUCCAGUGAGGCUGAGGACGUGAGUGUCCCCAGAAGAUCUGUUGCACAAUUGGCAGAUGGCACCAUUUCACCAGAAGGCUGUCAGCCACAGCCCAGAACAGCUGGUGGAAAAGACUCUGAGGAAGCUGUGGCAACUGCUACUCCACCUUGGGCAGGUGUUCCCGUGCUUGGAAUGGAUGGAAACUCCUUUGCAAAAUCAUUGGGUCAGCCUUGUAAGGAUGAUAUUUUUGAUUCUGAAGACAUUUUUUCCAAGGGCCCUGGUUCUCAGUCCACUGGGAGAAAAACAGUCUUGGUGAAGGCAGCAGAGAGCCUAUCUACACUUCCAGGAGGAAGUAAAGAAAAGAGCUCCGUGUUUCCUGCUCUAGGUGAGGCAGGCAGUGAUGAUGAUCUCUUUCAGUCUGUUACACCAAAACCAGCAAAGAAAACAAAUCCCUUCCCUCUCCUGGAAGAUGAGGAUGAUCUCUUUAUAGACCAGAAGGGUAAGAAAAAUGAGUCAAAAUCCAACCAUCAGCAGGAUGUCAUCUCAAAAUCACAAGAUAUUUUUGAGGAUGAUAUAUUUGCUACAGAAGCAAUUAAACCCUCACAAAAGACAAGAGAGAAGGAAAGAACAUUUGAAUCUAACUUGUUUGAUGAUAAUAUUGACAUCUUUGCUGACUUAACUAUAAAACCAAAAGAAAAGUCCAAAAAGAAAGUGGAAGCCAAGUCUAUAUUUGCUGAUGAUAUGGAUGACAUAUUCUCCUCUGGUGUCCAGGCUAAGACAACCAAACCGAAAAGUCGAUCCUCACAGGCAGUGCCUGAACUAAAAUCUGAACAGAAGGUGUCAAACAUAUUUGAUGAUCCCUUGAACGCUUUUGGAGGCCAGUAGAAUGAACAGGAUAUCAUAUCUAACCCUUCAGCUACAUCUUUGAGUUAAUGAUGCUAUCUUAGUUGCCCAUUGUCUUAACUGAAUUAUAUAAGCAAAUACUGAAACAGCUAGCUUACCUCUUAUCCAAUGUACUUUGUAUUUUUCUGCAGUGGUUUUAAUCAUGGCCUAAUACUGCAAAACAAAAAUAAAUAUUUCACGAUGUUGUUGUGA